AUGGACCGGAUGACGACGGCGCAUCGCCUCUUCCUGUCCCCGAAUGUGCCUGCUCCCAGGUCCCCUUCCUCUGCUUAUCCCUCCCCCUCCAUGAGCUUUUUUGGUGUUAGAUUUUCUCUACGUCUACUGAAUAGUCAAGGAGACCCGCUUCAUCCUAGAAGACUCUGUUGUAAUGAUCAGUCCAAUGGCUCAGAAUCAGUAAUGGCCAGUGUUGGAAAAAGGAGCUUUUCUCUGUACCUAGUGAGAGGAGAUCCUAUGCUGAAUAGUUUAGUGACGCUUUUCCCCUUUCAGAUCUUCCAUGGAGCUGACAAUGGUGUUCUUUGGCUUCCUAGGGAUUUUCAUAUCAUCUUUGUAACUGCUGCCAGCGAUUCCCAGGUGAUCACUUUUUUUUACAAUUCUUUUUAG